AUGUUUACUGUGAAAAUAGAAAGUGCCUCCCAAACAAAACAUAACCAGAAUGUGCUCUCAGCAAAAAGAUACGCUAAUAAUUCAGCUGUUUACCGCGGAAAAAUAUCUGGAAGAAUUCUAAGUGUGUUAUCGGCUCCAUUAGAAAGCCAUCAAAUGGCUAUGAGACCUUUAACUCAAGAACUCGCAAAGCGAGGGGCAAAUGUGGUUGUAGUAACUCCUCUGCCUGUAUUUACGAAUGAAAGUGUGCCAUCCAAUCUUCACGAAAUCGAUGUGAGUUAUACAACAAAUGAUGUUAACCAAAUACUGAUGGAACAUAUUAAAAAUGGAAUCGAUUUAGAUCUCAGGAGUCAAAAACAAUUGAUAAACAUGUACAGUACGGAAGUGAAUGCCGCGCAUUUAAAUAGCAAAGAAAUGCAAAAUGUAAUAAAUGAUAAAAACAACACUUUUGAUCUUAUAUUAUCUGAAGCCUCCCCCUGUAAAUUGAAUACAAUAUUAUCAUAUAUAUUUAAAGCACCAAUGAUCCAUAUAAGUUCUUUAGAAGCUCAUUUUAACCAUUUAAAUUUAGUAGGAGGUGUUGUUCAUCCACUAUUUUACCCAGACCAUACGCAAAAGAGAUUUAACAAUCUUACACUAUGGGAGAAAAUGAAAAACCUGAUCUAUUGUUUUUGGCUGGAACAAUUUGAAUAUCAUCAAGAAGAAAUGGAUACUAUUAAACUGUAUGAAAUGUUUGGUAACAACAUUCCAACUAUAACUGAAAUGAACAAUAAUCAAGACAAUGUAUUGUUAUUGAAUACACACAGAAUUUGGACAAACAAUCGGCCUGUUCCACUCAGUGUCAUAUAUUAUGGUGAAAUUGAUCAAUCUCCACAGAGACAAUUAGAGCAGGUUUUAAAAAGCUAUUUGGACUCAUCUCAAAAUGGUGUCAUAUACGUAAGUUUUGGAACAACAGUGACAGUAUCCGAUAUACCCGCAGAGAAGUUACAAAUGCUCUUAGAAGUGUUAUCAGAAAUGCCCUAUAAUAUUUUGUUCAAAUGCAAAAAAGAUCAGUUUUCGAGUUUACCAGGAAAUAUCAAAGUUCUGGAAUGGAUCCCCCAACCAGAACUUCUCAGACAUCCCAACGUCAAGCUAUUCAUCACUCAAGGAGGCAUACACUCUACACACGAAGCUAUAGCCGCUGAAGUUCCUUUAGUUGCAGUACCAAUAUUAGGAGAUCAAUUUUACAACGCUGAAAAAUAUAGAUAUCAUAAAAUCGGCGAAGUGAUUAAUUUACAAACAACUACAGUUGAGCAAUUUAAAAAAACAAUCGAAGUCGUCUUAGAAGAUGAAAGCUACCGGCAUAACAUCGGUAACCUGCGCAAGUGGUUGUCGGAUCAACCUCAGCCAUCACUAGAGCGCGCUGUGUGGUGGACGGAGCACGUGCUUCGAUACGGCGCUGCUCACUUGCGUUCACCUUCCGCGAACAUGUCUCACGCGGAAUAUUAUGAAGUGGAACUUAUUAUAAUUUUAUUUAUUAUCGUAUUAAUAAUUAGCUCAAUAUUAACUAACAACAAUAAUAAUCAAUCCACAAGAAAGCAAAACACCUAUCAAAAGAUCGACACAAAAAAGCGUAUAAGAUUCAGGGCACGUCGGUGCGUAGUUGUCAACGAACAAGUGACGGCAGAAUUUCAUUUCGACUCCCAAACGACAUCUGUGACUGGAACAAAAUAA